CGGUACGAUCGUGAAAGUACACUGAAACACCCUCCUUUCGUUCCACCAGAGGAAACUCUACUAGAUUCUCAGCAUCCCUGCAGCCCUACAGCCUCGUGGAUAAAUGGCUGCCCUGAUCUGCAAGCGCAGCGCCGAGAUGCAGCAUCGCGUAGUGAGCGCACUAGUGAGCGUUUGAGUUGGUUGAAUCGCCGCCACUCGCCAAUUGCCACGUCCUCUCGUCUCUAGUGCCUCUAAGCAAGCUUUGAGACAUAAAUGGCCGCAAAAUCUCUCAUCCAACGCCCUUUAGACCUCCUCUACGUCUGCUUCUUCAUAUGUCACAUCCCAGCAACCGUCCUGUUAGGCAUUCAAGCUCUGUACACCGCCCCGUGGCUCCCUGACCUCAUUACAAGUCUGCCCAACAUCUAUGUUGAGACGUAUCAAGACCCCCUCGUAGGCGGCGCGAUGGGUCUUCUUGGCAGCUCAUCGAACUACAUCUGGUUCUAUCCGUUCCAGCUCCUAGAAAUCUUCUUCCAGCUGCCUAUUUUCAUCCUAGGCAUAUGGGGCCUGCUGAAGGACUCUAAGAAAGUUUACAUUCCUCUUCUUGCCUAUGGUGCAUCCACUGCUACAGCAGUAUUGCCUUGUGUUGUUGUCCUCUUCAGUACUCCUGUGACAACGGCAGAAACGCUCGCAGAGAAAGUCGUUUCGGUCACGGCGGAACAGAAGCUCAUACUGCUGGCUAGCUAUAUUCCUUUCGUUUUGAUUCCUUUCGCCAUGACCAUCGACAUGGCCUUGCGAGUGCACAAGUUCGUCAAACUCGGCUUGCAGGCGCAGCACGCAGCGAAAUCUCGAUAAGGUCACGGUCUGAUGCUGGAUGUCGUUGUUGGAACGCAGUGCUCAGUCCGAUUGUUUAUGACGUACUUACCUUGUACAUCUUUCCAGUUGGUUUAAAUUUUUACGUUCGAUGUGCCACGUAUAUCUCUGUAAGCAGAUAGCGGAUGCGUAGUACACACUUAAGAAGCGUACCCUGUGGUCGUUUGGUUUCAGCCUGUCAGGCUACGCUUUAGUCUGUAAUCAGUUCAUUUUUGGGCAAUAGAAUUGAGACCUUCCAGUUCUUUU